GCGGGCCGGGAACUACGGGGCGGCCGCCAGAGGGGGCGUGGCCCCACCGGGGGGCGUGGCCUGAGGCUACAGGAAGAAGACACCUGUUGAACCGUCCCAUCCAUCGCCUUCCCAGCCCUUGCAGCUGUCCCCGAGAGCGAAGCCGCACCCCAACCCUCCUCCGAAAAAUAGGUAAGUGGAGGCAGACAAAGGGCAGACUAGCUAUUUCAUCCCGGAGGAGGGGCCUAACAGCUACUAUUUACCUGCUGAGUCAGCGAGAAGAACGCGGGCGACUUUUUGGCAGCAAAGGAACGGCCCGUCCAAGCUUCCUCCCGUCCGUGUUGGCCCCUAGCCCCAAACGAUCGAGCCACAUGGCUUCCGCGGUCUGGGGGAGCGCGCCCUGGUGGGGCCCGCCGCCCCCAGCCCCCGCCCGGCCGCUCACGGACAUCGACUUUUGCUCUGGGGCGCAGCUGCAGGAACUGACCCAGCUGAUCCAGGAGCUGGGUGUGCAGGAAAGCUGGAGUGACGCGCCCAAGCCGGGGCCAGACCUCCUCCGGGCCAAGGACUUUGUUUUCUCUUUGCUGGGUCAUGUUCACCGCCGGGACCCCCGCUUUCCUCCGCAAGCGGAGCUCUUGCUCCUUCGUGGUGGGAUUCGCGAGGGCUCCCUGGACCUGGGACCCGCACCCUUAGGUCCCUACGUCCGGGGACCUCAUUACGACGCCGGCUUUACACUCCUGGUGCCGGUGUUUUCGCUAGACGGCACCGGGCGGGAGCUGCAACUGGACGUGGGAUCCUGUUACGCGCGGCUGUGCCUCCCCGAGCGCAUACGCGGAACCGCGGUCCGGGAGGCUUGGCAAGAUUGCCUGGGACCUCCGGUACGGGGAGGACGUGACUCCGGCCACCGCCCCCAAAGCGAAGGAAGUCCCAAGGGCCGGCCAAGCUCCGGGGAGCAGCCGCACGAUUCUGUCACUGAGCCUGAUCCAGACGUGUCUUUGGAAAAAUCACCUAGUAACGUUUCCGGGCUGGAGCCGCCUGGGCAAGGCGUAGUCGAUCUCGGCUCUUCCACCCCACUGGGAAACCUGACCGGCGACGUCACGAAAGCGGCCGUCGUCAGCCCGGGCCCGCAGCAGAGCGAGGGGCGGGAGGCAUGGCCCACCCUUUGCCCCGCCCAGGUGGCUGCGUGGUUCUUCGCUUCCCUGGCCGCGGUCGCCGAGUCCCUGUUCCCGGUCCCCGGUGCCCCGCGCUUGGUCCACGCAGCCCGCCACGCGGGCUUCACCACCGUCCUGCUGGCGACGCCGGAGCCGCCGCGCCACCUCCUGCUCUUCGACCUGGUUCCCGUGGUGUCCGUGGCCGGCUGGCCUGAGGGUGCUCGGAGCCACUCGUGGGCCGGCCCGCUGGCCUCCGAGUCGCCAUCCUUCUACCUGGUGCCCGGCGGCCACACCGAGCAGCCAGGCGCCUGCGGCUGGCAGCUCUGCUUCGCCCGCCAGGAGCUGGCGCUCAAGGCGCGCAUACCGGCUCCGCUGCUGCAGGCGCACGCGGCGGCCCAGGCGCUGCUGCGCCCGCUGGUGGCCGGGACCCGGGCCGCGGCGCCCUACCUCCUGCGGACGCUGCUCUACUGGGCGUGCGAGCGGCUGCCCGCGCUCUAUCUCGCGCGGCCGGAGAACGCGGGCGCCUGCUGCCUCGGGCUGCUGGAUGAGCUGGGCCGUGUGCUCGAGGCCGGGACGCUGCCCCACUAUUUCCUGAGCGGCCGAAAGCUCCGCGCGGGGGAUGGCGCCGCCGGGCUGCUCGGGGCGUUGGCCAGGCUCCGCGGGGACCCCGCUGGGGCCCUGCGCGCCGCGGUGGAGGAGGCCAAGGCUGCGCGCAAGGGGGGCGGCUUGGCGGGCGUGGGAGGCGCGGCCCAUUAAAGACGCUGCUCCUA